ACACUGGCUUCACCUCAUCCAACGCCGGCCAUGGCUAUGCAGCCGCGGCGAAGGUUUAACACCUUGUGCGUUGCUGUGGCGCUGGCGUGCGGCAGUUUCUCCUCAACUUGGUUGGUCCCUCCCCGCAGUUCCUGCGUCAGCAGGGCAGCGGAGGGCACAGCCGGCACGGCGGCUGUGGAGGGCGCUGACGAGAGCCUGCUCCCCGAGCUACUGGACCUAGCGGCUGAUGGUGGGUCUGCUUUGGAAGAACGACUUGAAGAAGUAUUUGCCCAAGUUUCUCCAGAUGAUUUGGCAUCUCUGCGAAUGAAGGUUGCUGAUCCACAGGCUGCGGACCAUUUGGCAGCUCAACGCUUGGGUGAUGCGAUCCAAAUGGCCAUGACUCGGCGCUUGACGGAUGCCAAGAAUGUCUUGGAAGAGUUGAUUCAAGAGGCUGAUGGCGACGUGAAUCUCAAGAUCCGCAAGAUGUUGAAAUCUGUUGAGAGCCCACUGCCGAUCCUCAUGGUCUUGCAGCUCAACAUCGGUGAGGCGCAAGCUUCGGCGGAUGGAGAACGACUGCAGGUGCUGAUGCAUAUCAGCACCGUGAUGCAGGAGGAGCUUGAAAAGAAAUCUUCCCGAGUGAGGGGAAUGUUAAACAAACUCUUGAGGAUUGAAGAUGAGAACAUCAGGAACAACAUUCUACGAGAUCAGCUGACACCAGUGGAGGUUGCAGGUGCCCCUGGUGGCACUCCAUUGAUGGCCGCUAUGGUUCCACCAGAUCGCUUGGCUCCAGCCAUUGCCAGCCUCGUGCAAGAAGUGGAUCGGCAAAUGGUGGCAGUGCUGGGUCCAGAUGAUGAAGGUCGCUAUGAAACCAUGGAUCGGAUUCGCCAGGUGGCCAAACAGGCGCGUCUCAUCAUUGGAGAAGUUUAUGGCCAGGGACUCAUGGAUACCUUCAGCGCAGAUUUGACGCCCGCCUUUCACACCUUGAUGUCGUACAAGGCGCGGAACCGCCCUGACGCUGGUGCUACCGCAACGGAGGAAGUUUCAGAGGCGAAGAAUGCGGGGGACGACUAACCACCGGAGCGUAGUGCGGCGCCAAAA